AUGCCUUUCUUGAAGCCCGCCCCUCGAUCCGCCAACAUUCGGAUCGAGAGAGUGGCCAAGGUCAAGAUCAACGUCCUGAAGCCCGUCUCAUCCGGAGUGAAGAAGUCCGGUCACGUCACCAAGUCGUCUCCUUCCUCCGCCACAGGCAAGUCGUCGCCCAAGGCUCUUGCCAAGGUCGACAAACCCAUUAAGAAGACCUCGGAUGAGACCAAGGCCAAGUCUACCGAGCCCAAGUCGCCCAAGGCGAAGACCGAGCCCAAGACACCGAAGCUCAAGACGCCGAAGCCCAAGACCAAGGGCAAGAACCCAUCCGCCAAGGCCUCUGGUGACCCUGCCCCUAUUCCCAGCAGUACAAAGACAAGCAACAGGGUCACCAAGCGCACCAAGAAGAGAAAGGAACUCCCCAAGGGCCUGGUGGCAAUCGGCUCCUUCGGCUCCGCGGCAGCAACCCACCGAGCCCAGCUGGGGGUGGGCAAGUCCAACGUCCGCCUCCUGCCCACGGCGCUCCCUGUCCCUCUCCGAGUCAAGAAGGCUGGAGAGGUCGAGACGAGCGCCAAGGGCAGCGCGGAGCCGAAGAAGAAGAAGGUCACCAUUGCCGCCACUGGUAUGACCACCCCCUCGCCCACGCCCAGCCGUGGCUCGAGUGUGAGCAGGAAGCAGUAA